UCGUGAACAGCAGUGGGGUAGAAAGUCCAAGUUUCCACAUUUUGGCUGUUGACUCAGUUGGGAUCAGAACUACAGAAAUGAAUAAGGGAAGUAGUAUGCUGCUAUUACUUUUGACAUGGGUGCACACUGGAGAAGGGAUUGCAUUUAAUCAUAGCAAAACAUCUGUUGUUGAAGCUCCUAUGGAGGUUACCCGGUUCAAUGGAACUCUUUUUGCCACCUGUGAACUAAUACCUGACUCUAAACUUCCCACUGGCCAACCUGAAAUAUAUGGACAAGUUCUCUUCAAACAAAUCUUCCCAGUAGGCAUACUACAAGUGCUGGUUAAUGCUCAUGGCCUGCCCACUGGUGACCAGCAAAAGAGAGCUAUUCACAUCCAUCAGUAUGGAGACCUGAGCCAAGGAUGCAUCACUGCUGGUCCACACUAUAAUCCCCUGGGGGUGGACCAUCCUGCACACCCUGGUGAUUUGGGCAACUAUGUGGCCAUCAAUGGAACUAUAAGGCAACAUCUAAACAUGGAAGGAGGUACCCUGUUUGGAGGUCAGUCCAUUUUGGGACGUGCCGUUGUGAUCCAUGAGAAGGAAGAUGAUCAAGGGUUAGGGUCAAAUGAAGAGAGCAGACGAAGUGGGAAUGCUGGAAGAAGGAUUGCUGGAUGUGUCAUUGGCAUCUCGAAUCCAAGCCUGUGGGAAAAACUUACCAUGCAGAUGGGGAGUGAUAUGAACAACGCAGAACACAAGGAAGCAUGA